GUUCCCUUCGUGAUCAGCACCAGGAAGUGACCGCCCGUGACUUCACCAAGCAGCGUCUAACAGUCGCCAUCUUUGACCCUGGCAACUGCCAUCUCCCCGCCCCCCAAUAUAAUGCUCCGUCAGCUUUGCUGUGACUGGUGUCCGUGCCGCGGAUGUCAGACCAGGAAUACUUUGUGUGAUUGGUUGCCAAGUGCCUGUGUGUCAGCCGCUCGCAACUCCGCCGGAAGGAGGAAGCGGCCCGGAGCCGGAGCUCAGUACGGUCGGUAGUACGGAGGAGAGACAGGCAGGUUACUGGGCGCCCAAACAGAAGACAGUCCGUGUCCUGGGUGCGGCAGAUCCUGGGAUACGUAAGAGGUGUCAGGGUGCCUGGUCACCGGGUCUCACGCUGCUCGGGUGUCGCCAGUAUCUGGUGUCAGGAUGUUGCCGCUGUCUAUAAAGGACGAUGAGUACAAACCGCCCAAAUUCAACCUGCUGCGGAAAGUUUCCGGCUGGGUGAGGUCAAUCUUCUCCGAUUCUACAUCCAGGAAUUUAUUCUGCUUCCUCUGUUUGAAUCUAUCCUUUGCAUUUGUAGAACUUUUUUAUGGGAUAUGGAGCAACAGUUUAGGCUUGAUCUCCGACUCCUUCCAUAUGUUCUUUGAUUGUACUGCAUUACUAGCUGGCCUGGCGGCCUCCGUAAUCUCCCGGUGGAAAACAAAUGAAACUUUCUCAUACGGCUAUGUGCGGGCAGAGGUCCUGGCAGGUUUUGUGAAUGGUCUCUUCUUAAUCUUUACAGCCUUUUUCAUCUUCUCUGAGGGAAUAGAGAGAGCCCUGGACACUCCUGAGGUACAUCAUGAGCGCUUACUUCCAGUGUCUGUUCUAGGAUUCUUUGUAAACCUUAUUGGAAUAUUUGUGUUCCAGCAUGGUGGAGGUCAUGGACACUCGCAUGACGGAGGCCAUGGGCACAGCCAUUCUUUGUUUAAUGGUUCCUUGAACCACGGACAUAGCCAUGGUGAUGGGCAUGGACAUAGUCAUGGAAAAGGUCAUGGUCACAGCCACGGAGGGGACCAUGGGCAUUCCCACGGAGAUGAUCACAGCCAUAAACAUAGCCAUGGUUUCGGCUCCUCUUGUCCUGAUGAGCCACCUGAAGAACAUAGAGGGCCCAGCAAGCAGAUUUUAGAGGGGGUCUUUUUGCACAUUGUUGCUGAUGCACUCGGAAGUGUUGGUGUGAUCAUUUCGACAAUCCUGAUGCAGCAGUACGGUUGGAUGAUCGCAGAUCCUAUUUGUUCUAUGCUCAUUGCUUUGCUUAUCUUCGUCAGUGUUAUCCCUUUGCUCAAGCAGUCGAUCGGUAUUUUGAUGCAGAGGACUCCGCCCACCUUGGAUCAUUUGCUUCCUCAGUGUUACCAGAGGGUGCAGCAGUUACAAGGUGUCUACCACCUUCAUGACCCACACUUCUGGACGCUCUGUACGGAUGUUUACAUUGGGACCCUGAAGCUUGUGAUAGGCCCUGAGGCAGACGCUCGCUGGAUUCUGAGUCAGACACAUAAUAUUUUCACACAGGCUGGCGUACGGCAGCUGUAUGUACAGAUAGACACUGCAGCCAUCUAAAUCUUCAUCCAACCUCAUAUCUUGGACCAAAGCGCAUACAUGAACACUAGGACCUGAGAUCCAGUUUUGUGAUAAAGCCACUGCAGUGAGGCACCCAUUGGGACCAAGUAUAUCCAACAUGAUGACUGCGCGGACAGGGUCUCCCACUUGUGCUACAUUUCCUUAAAUUACAAAUCUCCUUUUUAUACAGUAUAUGGGCUGAAUAUCAGAUGCUGACUCCUUGUAGCAUCUUGUUGAGUCAUCGUCCUGGAUACCAGAUCCAUCCUUUGGGCUCAUGUCGCAUUGUCAAGAUGAACUCCAUCACAGUCUUGCCAACUAGUUUUUAAGCACCUUAGGAAAACUGACUCUAUGAAAAGACCUGUACAGAAAAACCAAACUCAUCCAGCAUAUCUGACAAGUGUUUACUUUCACUGGACAUUGUCGGAAACAUCAGUGUUUGAUUGAAAUGCAAUAACUUGGUACAAAAUAUUUUAAUCUUACUUAUGCCAGAGAAGGCUGCAGUGAACUGCUCUUUCUGCAUAUACGUAAAUGUUUUGCAGCGACUUGCAGCCCUCUGUCGUUGAAAACCUAAUCCCACUUCCUUCUUUCUCCAAAGGCUCAAGGCUAUGUAUUAUUUGUCAGGCUUCUCGUAGAUCUGUGAACAGUGUUAAAGUUUGCUGAACUAGCAGCACUGCCAAUGAGGAAAGCGAACAUGAACUGUAUGCCAUUUACAGCCCCAUCCGAAAACUGGAUAGUAAUGUUAACCCAAGUGCCUUCCUAUACCAUUUGGAUGGGCGAUUGGUAGCACUCGCAGCACAGGGAGCGCACCCUUAUUUUAGACUUGCUCUGCUUGUAACAUACGUACCAUCUGUCCCGCUUGGGGCCUUCCUCUGCGGAUUAGGAUUUUAUUGCUGCAUUUUGUACAUGAUUAAAUAUGACUCCACAGGAACCUUCAUGUGCUACUACCAGUCAGCAAAUGGCAUCCUCCUGUCUCUUACCCAGAGUCGCUCUUGUACAUGCCUUUUUUUAUGUGAUCAUCAUCUUUUUUUUCUUUUUAAUCCUCUGGAAUUGAAGGUUCUCCUGUAGUGUAGUGUAGUGUACUGUACUGUGGCAGAGUACAGAGUGUUGGGAUGCCUGUAUUCACCUCUUACUGCAGAGUGUCUGUUAUUCUCUAAGAUGGACAUAUCUUGAACUUCAGUACAAGGGCUACUGAAUAUUUUCCCAGAAACAUUAAAUUAUAGGUGCAAAUGGAUUCUCUGAGCCUUCUCCGCCUUUAUUCUUUUUAACUGUUGUUCCAAGUUGAAGGGUUUUUAAAGAUUCAUGAAUAUUUAGUAAUGAGAAAUGAGUGGCUAAAUAAAGACAUUACAGUCCUUGUAAAGUGGAGGCAACUAUUUAUUUUUUGUGGGCUUAAAACCAUUUUCCGGCCAUCUCUUCAUUGGAAAGUUGUGACCUUCCUGAUUAAACUAAUUUCCACUGUAUCCCAAACUUGGUCCUUAUGUCCCUCUUAGCAGUUCAGGUUUUAAGGAGAUCAGUGCAUAAGCAGAUGUGACUUUGUUUAGUACAUCAGUCAUUUUGAGGUAACCUGUGCUCAAGCAUGGCUAUCCUUAAAACAAAAUAAAACAAAAAAAGUUUAAAAUCUCUAAGUUGUGGCACACUGAACAAGAUGAUAAAAUGCCAAGGAAAGACUAAUUGAGGUGCGGUAGCAGAGACGGGGGAGAGCCGUGGGCAGACGGGGGACAGCAGCGCCGAAGAAUGUAUCACAGCCGCCACUCACAGCAGCGUCCACCCGGCUCCAGCAAGCGAGACCUCACUGGCUGGAGCCGGGUGGAUGUUGCCGUGAGCGGUGGCUAUGAUGCGGGAGCAGAGACGGGGGAGAGCCAUGGGCAGACGGGGGAGAGCAGCGCUACAGCAUAGCCGGUGGAUGUGUCACAGCCGCCGCUCACGGCAGUGUCCACUCGGCUCCAGCAAGAGAGGUGGACGCUGCUGUGAGCGGUGGCUGUGACACAUCCUCCGGCUAUGCUGCUGUAGCCGUGGCUCUCCCCCCGUGUCUGCUCCCGCAUCUCAAUUCAACUUGUUUUUUUAAAGUCGAAUUGAGCUUGCAUUGAAUAGCCAAGGUCGGAUCUAUUUAGACAAAUGAAUGUCGGAAUGGAUCAGACUUCAAUUGUAUAUAUAACCCUGUGUCUUGUUAUACUUUUGUGCACUAGUCACAACACUCACUAUCCUAAAACUUGGACUGUUGGGGUUAUGGGGACCGAUUUUGAGAAACAUGGUGGUACUCUGUAAUGAUUAUUGGUUCAGCCAACAAAAUGUUUGCAACCACUGUAUAGAGGAAUCUGGCCCACUUGAUGCGCAAUCUGUGGGGAAAAAAAAUCCUUCUAUCCAACUGUGCCAUUUUGUGUUUUUUUGUUUUCCCCCUAUUUUUUAAAUCAAGAACUGUAACCAUACCAUAUGUUGGCAAAGUAUCUUUUAAUAUUGAUACUGCUAGAAGUGUGACCAAGUGGCAACUAAAUCAGUCAAUAUUGUGGGUGCAGGGUAAUCCACACAACUUUUCUCUUGCCUAACUUGGGACAAAUGUAAUAGCCUGUGGGUUGCGGCAAAUGCAGAGAUUUGAGCAAUUUAGUCACAAGUUUAAAGUGGCAAUUUUUUAAAAGUCAAAACCAGUCUGGCUGUUACAAUUAUCCCCUUUUGUCUAAAUCUUAUUUGACUUCGUUGCUACUUAUCUGGCCACACAGACACAAUCAGAAGUCCAAUACAGAGACCUACUCACAACCAUUGAGCAGGACAGAUUGUAUCUUUUUGACUACAUAAUGAAAUAAAAAAGGUCUGGAACUGUUUUACAUCCCAA